AUGGAUGGGCUAAUUAUCUUGGACAAAAACAACCGACCUAUAAUCCAAACUGCGUUUCGAACUCUACCUCCAUCGUACACACUCUUGCAUGUGGAUGCAUUUACCUCAGCACGCGAGAAGAAUGGAUUAGCGAUAGACCCCGUUCUUUAUGUUGAUUCUGGAGAAAACAGCGUUUGUUGCCAUCGGAGCGCAGGGGGACUCCAUAUAUUAUGCCCUGUAAGGGGAGAUGUCGAUCCGCUGUUUGUCUUCUCGUUCUUGGAUGCGGUUGUUCAGAUUUUACAGGAGUACCUGGGAGAGCUUAGUACAGCUUCACUAAAGGAUAAUUUUGAUGUUGUCUACCAGUUACUUGAAGAAAUGCUCGAUGAAGGGUAUCCUCUCACGACAGAGUCGAACGCUCUGAGGGAUAUCGUUCUUCCGCCAUCCUUACUGAACAAGAUACUUGCGGCCACAGGUGUCUCGGGACUCUCUUCAGCUGCGCCUGCACCAUUCUCUUCUCCUAUUCCUUGGCGUAAAGCAGGGCUAAGAUAUAACAACAAUGAGAUUUACUUUGAUAUCGUUGAAGAGCUCGAGGCUACUGUUAAUCGGAGUGGAAACGUUGUAGCAAGUAACGUGUGGGGCAAGAUUCUAUGUAAAUCCAACCUUUCUGGAACCCCGGACCUCUCGUUCUCGUUAUCCAACAGCAAAGCACUACGCGACUACUCCUUCCAUCCCUGUGUCAGGCUACAAAAGUUUCUUCAAACCAACCAGCUUUCUUUCGUACCCCCAGAUGGAAACUUUACUCUCCUCACAUACCAACUCCCUGUUCCAUCUCCAAACCCGGCGGCACCCCCUCCGCUUCCUAUCAAUCUUAAAUCCAGCGUCUCAUUACAUGAGCAUGGUGGCGCUUUCGAAAUUACCGCCACGGCUCGAUCAUCCAAGAUGCUCGAGAAAGUCUGUAUCGAAUUAAGGCUUGGAGAUUCUGCUAUGGGUGCUGAUUGUGCCCACACGGGCUCUGGAGGACAAUCAGCUGGAGGCGGUUUUGGCGCAUUGAGUGUAAACGGUGGUAGUGUUAGGUGGGGGUAUGACCCUCAGACCAAGACGUUGAAGUGGGAAAUUCCCUCUUUGACCAGUAUGACGCAACAUUUAAAGGGAACCUUUACCUCUAGUGAUAAGACACCCAAACCAUCAAGAUCUUUCAUAGUAACCUUUGAGAUUCCUCAGCAUUCGCUUUCAAUGGCCAAGAUCGACCAAUUGCGAGUUAGCGGAGAGAGCUAUAAGCCAUAUAAAGGAGUUAGGUCCUCUGUUGAAGCUCGAAUCGAGUACCGUUGGUAG